AUUGGUUAGUUUUCUUACGACUUUACGGUUACGGUUAAAAUUUUUCUACGUGCAAUGGCCUUAAGCGAUACAGUUACGUAUUUGUUAUGUACCAUUUCCAUAAGAUUGGAGAUGUAGCAGAUAAACAUACAUUUACAUAGCAUGUACAUAUGUUUCAUAUCGAUGCCUUUUUAAUAUUUUAUAGUUAUAUAAUAAGAAGUAUUAGUCGUAUGUAAGCAAGCUGAAUAUAUUUAAUAACAUACAUUUUCAAGAAAGCCUGCGGAAACAUUUUAAUGAAUAAAAGUAGUUUCUCCGGAUUAAUGCAACGUUGAGUACAGUUAUAAUUGAAGUGUAGAGCGUUCGAAAAUGUCACCCGAGUGUACCUGCAGCGUUAAGCCAGCGGCACGCGAUGCUUGUUUUCGUAUUGGAUUACUUGCAAUUGCUUGUUUUAAUUUGUGCAUUUCUAUCCAUCUUCAAAAAUUCAGCAAUCGGAACAGAGUAUUUCUAUCCAGCAAGCAAUGCAGCACGAAGACAAGCACCGUGUGCCGCUGACUUUAAAGUGAGAGAGAUAUAAAAAUGAAAUAAAGAGAGAGGGAAAGCAUCCGGAUAAUGGCCUUUGCACAAUGGCAGACAACAGGCAAUAGGAAUAGAAUUGACCAAUCACCGGUGAUUAUUACAAAAAUAAUCGACUGAGAUUGGUCAACUCCUGUUCCCAUUGCCUGUUGUCUAGCAUUGUGCAUAGGGCUUAAUAUUUUCGAACGCAUCUUAGCACUUAAAAUUCUUUGGCAUAUAGCGACCAUGUCUUUAGUUAGCACAACUGAUUUGAGAUUAUCAAACUAAAACAACAACAACAACAACGAUUUGAGGUAUAAUACAGAACCAUUUCCAAUUGGAAUUUAUUUUGGUCUAAACAAACCGCACAAUGUUAAUGUCUUCUUACAAUCAUUAGUCACAGACAUAUUGCGCAUAAGACAUAAUAGUGGUAUAUAUAUCAGUGGAAAAUAAAAAAUGUAUCUCAAUACAUAAAUCGUAGUAUGCCACCUGAUCCACCAAUAUGGGACAAUUAUGAUGUGAAAGUUGAAGGAGUUUACGCAACUGUGCAACUAGCGAGAAAAAAAGCCGAGAACAGUAACUGUACAUCUUCCGAAGAAAGUGUUUCUCGUGGGAAAGGAAAAAGAAGAAAAAGGAAAAAAGUCCUCAUAAGCGAUGACGAAUCCUCUGAGAAUUGCGAAUCAGACCGUUAUGAACGUCCACCUCCAUUCAUAUCAAAGGAAAAUAUAAAUAAACAUCAGAACAUUGCAACACUUAGUGCAUCGCAUGAUAAGGUAAAGGACAACGUUCCUCUUUCUUCAUCAACAACAAAUAUAAGUGAUGGACAAGUUUUAUAUAUAGACCUACCAAGGAAAGAAAAUAAUAAGAACAUUUGGAACACCUCAGUAAGCGAAAAUAAUAUUGGAAUCGAGUCUAAUUCGAUGCAUGUACAAUCAGCAUUUCAAACAGAAAUACCUGUUCUUCAUACAGAAGUUGCAUCUUCAAAUGAAACACCAGUCACUAGUGUUACUUCAAAUUUGUACAGUCAAAAACAACAAAAAAUUUUAGAACAAUGUACAUUAAUAAAAAUGUACGUAAGAAGUAUUGAUAGCCGAUUGAAACGUAUAGAGGAUGGAAGAGUAAAAAAUAAUAAUAAUGUCUACGAAGAAAUGCAAAUAAUACAAAACAUUUCCUUUAAAGACAACUGAUGAAAUUACUCAUUUUGAUCAGAACUUAGAUGAUAAAAACGUUACAAACACAUUUGUAUG